CGGAGUUCUUGAUUUUCGUUCCCUCGAAAGCAUUGGAAGAGAAGUAUGCCUGGAAUCAAUGGCCCUUUGGAUUACUCUCAAGAACCUCCGCGCCAUCCGUGCCUGAAAAUCAAUGCUAAGGAACCAUUUAACGCUGAGCCCCCAAGAGAUGCGUUAAUUUCAUCAUAUAUUACUCCCACGGAUUUGUUCUACAAAAGGAACCAUGGACCAAUACCAGUUGUCGAUGAUAUCAAGAGGUAUCAUGUACUUAUCGGAGGACUCAUAGAGAACCCUAUACAACUAUCUAUGGAUGACAUAAGGAAACUUCCUAAAUAUGAUGUUACUGCCACUUUACAGUGUGCAGGUAAUAGAAGAACCGCAAUGAGUGAAGUAAGAAAGGUUAAAGGUGUUGGUUGGGAUGUUUGUGCUCUCGGAAAUGCCACUUGGGGAGGAGCUAAAUUAUCAGAUGUCCUCAAGCUUGUUGGCUUGACACAAUGCACUAUAGUUACACCACUAGGAGGAAGGCAUGUUGAGUUUACUAGUGUUGACAACUGCAAAGAGGAAAAAGGUGGUCCUUACAAGGCCUCGAUUCCCUUGAUUCAAGCCACAAAUCCUGAAGCUGAUGUUUUACUUGCAUAUGAAAUGAAUGGCAAGAUCCUCAAUCGUGAUCAUGGAUAUCCACUGCGUGUGGUUGUUCCUGGUGUUAUUGGUGCACGAUCUGUUAAAUGGUUGGAUAAAAUCGAUAUCAUCAAAGAUGAAUGUCAGGGCUUUUUCAUGCAAAAAGAUUACAAGAUGUUUCCACCAACUGUUAAUUGGGAUAAUAUUGAUUGGUCUACUAGAAAGCCGCAGAUGGAUUUCCCUGUUCAGUGCGCUAUUUGUUCCUUGGAUGAUGACAACCUCGUUCAAGUUGGAAAGGUUGUCGUCGGUGGAUACGCAGUUGCUGGUGGUGGACGAGGAAUUGAGAGGGUUGAUAUAUCUGUUGAUGGUGGCAAGACAUGGAUAGAAGCCGAUAGAUAUCAAAAGGAUAAUGUCCCAUAUGCAGCAGAUGAUAUAAACAGUGAUAAAUGGGCAUGGGUUCUCUUCAGGGCUGUAGUACCGGUACCAAGAAAUACUGAGAUUAUUGCUAAAGCGGUUGAUUCAGCAGCAAAUGUUCAGCCUGAAAAUGUAGACGACAUUUGGAAUCUGAGAGGAAUUCUCAACACUUCAUGGCAUCGAGUCCGUGUUCGGAGAAGCCCUGUGGCCAACUCAAACUUGUGAAUGGAAAAAAACCCUACAACUUCCAUCUGUGUGUGUACCUUAGAAUAAUGUAUUGCUUGAGAAUUUUAUGUACUAAUUUAUCUUUUUUCCCCCAAAUAAGGACCCACACCUUGCUUCUUUGAAUUUAGCAAGGUUAUAUGCUGUUGGUCAUCUUUUUCUAUAUUUAGGUUCAGUCUUUUGUGUGUUGGUUAACUUGGUAACUUAAAUGCAGAUGAAUUAGAACAUAUUCAUUUUUUUCUGGA